GGAUUGGCCGCGGGGAGCCGCAGGGGGCGGGGCGCGGCGCGCGCCUCCCGCGCUGGUGGCCAGCGAGCGCCCCCGCGGCGGGGGUGGCACCGGCCGCCGCUCCCCCGCUCCGGCCCCGCCGCAGCGCUCGGCUACGGCCGCGCGCGGGGAUCGGCCCCUGCCCGGCGGCUUCAGACGCGGCCUCAUCUCCCGCGGCGGCGGGGGUCGCCGAUAUGAGACAUGGCGGUGCGGCCUGCCCCCUCCGCCCUCACCUCUCGGGGGGCGCGGCCGGGGAGCGACCCGCUGCCCGCGGCGCUGACGGGCCGGGCCGGGCCGGGCCGGGCUGCCGCGGGGAUUCCGCGCGGGACUCGCCGGGAAGCCCCGGUACCUUCGUGGUGAGCGGCGGCUGCGGGCCCGGCGCCCGCUGCCGGCCGUGCCCCACCGGCACCUUCUCCACCGCGGCGGAGCUCAACGGCUGCACCCUCUGCAGGAAGUGCGAAGGAAGAUUCAGGUAUUUGAAAGUGUGUUCCUCCAAGAGCGAUGCUGAAUGCACCUGCCAGGAGGGGUAUCGCUGCGGCGGCAAGGGCUGCUCCCGCUGCGACCGAAGCUGCGGCGUGGGCCAGGAGAGCACCGGGAGCGAUUGCCAAACUUGCCGCUAUGGAACUUUUAAUGAUCAGCCCAAUGGCUCCUGUAAAAACUGGACAAAGUGCUUUGCAGACCGGGUCCUGGAGCCUGGAACUGCAGAAAAAGAUGUCGUUUGCAAACAUGCUUCAGAUAAUCCCACUUUAGUCACUACUCUGCCUACAACAUCUGCAAUGCCAUUUUCUAUCACUGUGCCAGGGAAGGACAUCCAGAUGGACAUUAUCAGAAUUUCUCUUACUGUAGCUGGGCUGUUGUGCAUAGUGUUUCUGCUACCCUUGUGUAUAUCCUUCAGUAUCUGGCAGAAAAAGAAACUACGUGCUGUCUUCAAGAAAAUGCGUACCACACCUGAACAGUCAAUUCAGGAAGACGAUGCCUGCAGCUGCCGCUUUCCCGAGGAAGAACAAGGUGAAUAUCAGGACCACGGCAAAUCCACAGAAUUCAGAGAUCUUUUGGUGAACUAGGAGUUGGACCAUCCAUGUAAACCGCAUUUGAAUUUUCUUUCGGAACACAGAACAAGAACCGGUUUACAUAAACGGAGACGGUGUCAGAAUCUGUACAUUUUAGAGUGCUAAAUAGCCUAGCCACCGAGGAAAGAGUGCAUCUUUUCUAUCUCUUAAAAAAAUAAAAAUAAAUAAAUUAAAAGAUAGAGUUUGCUGACUUUCUUCCUCUAGGACUAGGAAUCACAUUUUUAAGUGGUACUUGAUCUACAUAUAGAAAGAAGUACUGCACUUAAAAGCAGUAAUAGAAGGGUAUAAUAGCUUCAUAAUAGCUUGCAUCUGCUGUCGUAGAGCGAUUGGCUUGAGAGAGGCAGUGGAAACACUGAGGAAAGCUGUGGUUGACUUGAUCUUCGAACUAGAUGUCACUGUGCAGCUGGACUGCACCACCUUCAGUCCUACAUCAUGCAACUUUGAUCUUUUAGGUGAUGUAAACAUAUUAUGUACAUUGCAGAUGUGGUAUAUGUAGCCGUGGUACAUUUCUGGUACUAUUUUUAUAACUCUGAGGUUGGAAAGAUUUUAACAUCAGACACUGUAUCUGUCUCUUUGAUCAAUUACUGCUACUUUGGUCUUGAAGAGAAAAAAGAAGACGCACGUUUGAGUCAUGGCAUUUGCAACAUCAUUUUUAACCUUUUACAAAAAUAUUUUAUUUUAUUUCUUCGGUAAAUGUUGUUCAGAAAAAUAGAAAACCCACCAAUAUGUCACGUAAAGGGUGAUUUUCCCCUCUAUGUGAUCUCAACUUAGAGAACGCUAUUCUUGUGUUUGAAGAAUGACAGCCCAUCUCUCUAUUCAGCAGAAGAUUACGAUAGCAGAUUAUUUUCACCAAAUCACACUUAUGCAUUUUGAUAAACUUUUAUACAAGUAAAUAUAAAAUGGUAUGUGAGAAAAUAAAUGUCAUACCGAAGCCUGAACUGUGAAAUUAAGUAUAUUUAAAUAAAUCUUUUAAUCCCCAGUCCAAGUCUCCUAUUAGUACUUUCAACCAUGAGAACUGAGUGACUAUUACAUCAAGUUCACAAACUUAGAGACAUGAAAAAGCCACCAAGGUACCUUUAAUCAAAGAGCGACCUUUCCACCAGCAGACGAUGGCUUAGGACAGGAUAAGAUGGUUCUGCUUGUGAUCAGUUUCUAAUCCACACGUAAGGGAUGAGAAUCAGCCUAAACACCCUGUAAAAACUCAAAACAUCUGGUGUUUUCUCCUUGGAAAAAGACACCAGUUGGGAUUUUACAUUUUGUUGGUGCAUUCUGCAUAUAUUUUGAAACGCUCUGAAGACAGUGCAAACCCCCUAUUUUUGUUUUUUGUACCUGAAGCAGAAGGAAAUCUUACUGAACAAUGAGGUGCUCCUUAUAAUACUUUUUCCAGACAGUUUGAUUUUGCUGUUUUGUACUUCAGGAGUGGCAUAAAAUUCCCAUGAAUCAAAACAAAUCCCAUAGAGGAAAAAACCCCCACCUAAAUAAGUGCAAACUGAUUUCUGAGAAUAAGGGACACAUUUACACUGAAAUUGAUUUCCUCGACUAUUUCAAGAAACAGGCACUCACAGAAAGAAAAUACAUUCUGAAUAGUGUAUUGUCGGGAGCAAUCUUCCUUUCAAUUAAAGGAUUAUGUGGAUAAUUCUACCUGUCACUUCUAUCAAUUGAGAGCGCAGAAGCCUGAAUUAAUGAUAAAACAGGUUUUGUCGGCACAGGAAUCUGUUGUCAGACGCACGCAGAAACGCCUGCGUUUCACAACGACGCACAUCUGGCCGCAGGAGCAGAGUGAGACAGGCUAAGCCUGUGCUUCUGUGAAAUACUUCAAUGGCAUCUACAAAGCAGACGUGCUUAUAAAUAAGAACCAAGAAGUCCUGAAAGAUACCUUUUUUCAAAAAUGAAAUAAAUUCUGGUUCCAAUGCAAAGGGAAGACAGGGGCACUUUACGCGGGACUGCAGUGCUUGCUUGCUACCCGAACGCCUGGGCAGCAGCCGUGUAUUUUGUGUGGUCAUCGUAGAACUGAAGUUAAAUACAGGUGAAUUAAUCUGUUCUGCCACUAAGCAGCAGAGCAGGACAUCAUAGUUCAUAACAAAAGCAGCACUGUAAAUACCAAGAUAGCUGGAGUGUUUAGCAGUUUUCAGAUUUAUACAAUAUUCAAGUUCUGUGAAUUGUGGCUUUCUAUAAAGGAUUCAAAUUACGGCCAUAGAAUCAUGCGCUUCCUUGAACAUAAUUCAUUGUUGUGGGUUGUGUUAUUUGCCUUCACUGUGAUCACGUAGAACAACUGCAUUAGAAGCUUGUUCCCAUUCUAGACCCCGCAUAAAUAGAUAUUUUUAUUUAAAAGUACUAAAGAACUUGCUUAAAUUCUCCUUUUCAUUAUGCAUGUAGCGCACACAGCUGUAAGACCACUCCUGGCAGUAUGCUAUGGAAACGCGAUGGGAAGUUUGGAAGUUUGUGUCUGAAAAAGCGCCACACGUUUGUCAGUUCCUGUUCUUUCCUUUUUUAAUUAUUCUUUUGUCUUCUGAAAAAAUCCAUGGCGGCUAAUAAAACUCCAGUCAAAGCUAGAUAACGUGCCGAUCAGUAGACGACAAGUGCAACUAUACAAGCCUCGGCAGCAGAAAUGGUGCAGGCACCUGAUCUAAAUCCUCCAGGAUGCCGCAUGCACUUUUAGUGAACGUUUUGUUCUCUCAAGUUUCUGUAAAAAUGUUGCCCAGUACGAUUUCGGGAUCAUCAAUGAGGAGAUUAAAAGAAACGUUGUCAGGAUUAAGCCUCUCCCAGUUUUCCUGAGCAGAAUUUGUAGCCGAAUGCUCUGUUCCUGGUCAGAGAGGGUGACAGCCCUCCGGUGUGUUGAGCACUGCAAACUCCUUCAUCCAGCAAGGGUGAAGGGGAAGAAACUGCACUAUGCAUCUUUGAUGACUGGUAAUUAAGGCAGAAGGAAGGAGAAAAGCCUGACUGUCCAUAAUUCAGGGCUGUGGAAAACAAAUACUUUCUUUUCUGAUGGCAAACAAUGGGAAGAUGACGUGCCUCUUGGCUUCACAGGAAGCUUUUAUUGAAGAUAUAGAUUCUGUAAUACCUGAAGAAACCUCCCAUUUCAUGUAGAAAUAAUGCAGAUCAAUUUUACUAACUCUUUGAGCUCUGAGUUUUGUCUGCUUUCUGCAAACGUCCCUUUUCUCAGUCUUUUUAAUUUAUUGUGUAGCAAGCAAAAAGGAACGGGGAAUGCCAUGACGAGUCUCAAGCAGCCCAGGUGGCCGAGGAUGAGGUAACAGGCCAGAUGCAAGAUUUUUGCAUUUCCAUUUGUUUUUCUUGGAAGUCAGAAAGCGUCCUCUCAGCCAGACUGUGUGCAGAGGCCCAGGUGAUGUCAGGCAGUGUUCUGAAGGCAUGGAAAAAGGAGACAAAACUUCUUUAAAGAUAAAUUUAAGCAGAGGAGCCUGCUGCUUUUUUAUUGCUUCCAGAACCAGCACCGUUUCCUGGCACAGUUACUGGCAUCAGUAAUUAAAACUGUGUUGUCGCAUCAUGUCUUGGCUUCAUGAUCUCUUGCAAGAGUUGCGUAGCGAAGGAAAGCAAAGGUUUCCUGUCUCUCACCUCCCUCUCGUACAGGCAGGCUUGUGCGUUGCUGUGCCUGAUACUUCUAGAUGAUGGAGACUGAAACCGUCAUAGCUUCUCUCAAACAUAUAAACGUCAUAUCAUUUUUUAAAAGCAGAAUAUUAUUU